GUGAGUGCGUGCGUGCGUGUGCGUGUGUGUAGACGGAAUGUGGGAGUUGUCCCCCCACGCGCGUUACAAGCGUCGAACCCGACCAAGCAGCGCGCGCGUGGCCGUGGAUGUCACACCAACCAAAACACCGGACGCACGCGCCCGGCCGAGCCUUUCAUCUGUUAUUGGCGGAAAGCCGCGCGCGCAAGGCGGAGCCUCGUUACACCGAGCCCCCGUCUAUUUAGGUCCAAGUUCAACCGUUUCUGUUUUUUUCGCAGCCUUCUAACGAGCAGCGUGGGUUCAAAGUUUUGUUUUGUUUCGCCUCCCUCCGGUGAAGGAAAAAAAUAAUAAAAUCCGUCGCGCGACAUCGGUGCCCCGCGCCGAAAGGCACGUCGAACGACCGAACGAACGCGGACGGGUCUCGCGGCCGACGCGGAGAAUCGACACAGACGUCGAUCUCGGCAACGUGGAAAACUUGGUUCACGCCUCGAGAAGACACGGCGUUACCCGCGCUACCUCAGGGAGGAGAGCAACGAAGAAAGGGCGAAGAAACGUCGGUGAUCGGAAAAGGCAUGAGAAAAACUCAGUGAUGGAGUCCACAGUUACUACAUCCACGCAAGCGCCUGAUGAGUUUGACCGGAAUGUUCCACGUAUCUGUGGCGUAUGUGGAGAUAAAGCUACUGGCUUCCAUUUUAAUGCCAUGACCUGUGAGGGCUGCAAGGGUUUCUUCAGACGCAGUAUGAAGAGAAAGGCCACAUUUACAUGCCCAUUCAAUGGAAACUGCACCAUCACUAAGGAUAACCGCCGCCACUGCCAGGCCUGCCGCCUCAAACGCUGCCUGGAUAUUGGCAUGAUGAAGGAGUUUAUCCUCACUGAUGAGGAGGUGCAGAGGAAGAAAGAUCUGAUCCAGAGAAGGAAGGAGGAGGAGGCACAGAAGGAAGCACAAAAGCCCCGCCUGACUGAGGAGCAGCGUAAGAUCAUCAACACGCUGGUGGAGGCUCAUCACAAAACCUAUGAUGACUCUUACUCUGAUUUCUACCGUUUUCGACCUCCAGUGAGAGAAGGUCCUGUGACACGCAGUGCCAGUCGAGCUGCUUCUCUGCACUCACUAUCAGAUGCUUCCUCUGACUCCUUCAGUCACUCUCCUGAGUCUGGUGACAGUAAAAUGAAUCUGAGUAGCCUGUUGAUGAUGUAUCAAGAUCAGGGGGCCAGCAGUCCAGAGUCUCCGGACGAGAAUGGCUCUCGCCUCUCCAUGCUGCCUCACCUGGCUGACCUGGUCAGCUACAGCAUCCAGAAAGUUAUCGGCUUUGCCAAGAUGAUUCCUGGAUUUAGGGAGUUAACUGCUGAGGAUCAGAUAGCUCUGCUGAAGUCCAGUGUGAUUGAAGUGAUCAUGCUUAGGUCUAACCAGUCCUUCAACUUGGAGGACAUGAGCUGGAGCUGUGGAGGGCCUGAGUUCAAGUACUGUGUCAAUGAUGUCACUAAAGCUGGACACACCCUGGAGUUACUGGAGCCUCUGGUGAAGUUUCAGGUUGGCCUGAAGAAGCUGAAUCUGCAUGAGGAAGAGCAUGUGCUGCUGAUGGCUAUCUGCCUGCUCUCUCCUGAUCGGCCUGGUGUUCAGGAUCAUGCACGUGUGGAGGCUCUUCAGGACCAGCUGUCGGAGUUGCUGCAGGCGUACAUUCGCGUGCACCACUCUGGCGGCCACCUGCUCUACGCCAAAAUGAUCCAGAAGCUGGCGGAUCUGCGCAGCCUGAACGAGGAGCACUCCAAACAGUACCGCUCGCUCUCCUUCCAGCCUGAGCACAGCACACAGCUCACACCCCUUGUGCUGGAGGUAUUUGGGGGGCAAGUCACCUAGCAGCAGCCCCAUCUGGAUCACAGUGCAAGGUGUGUUUUGUGCUCUGCAUGGAUCCACAGUCUUCUCCAGGGUGGUCUAUGUUGGUGACCCCCGUACUCUCAUGCCACCCUCUCAUUAACAG